AUGCAGUACAAAGCUCUGGUGUCUAUUCUCACCCUUACAAGCAGUAUGACCACUGUGGUAUCUGCAGGUGUAUUGCAGAAAAGAUCCCCGCCCGGGUGUGCACCUUAUGGCAGACAGUUCUGCUGUGCUAUAGAAGAAGUCCCGGACAAAGAAAUUCUGCCUGGCCUGUAUCUUUUCGUCUACGGUGUGGGGUGUCUCGUGGAACGGAAUAGACCGGACCUUAUGGUACUGUUUUCUGUUACACUAACCACGCCUGAUCAAAUUACAGCGUGA